AUGUUGGAAGGAAAGAGUGAGCCAUUCUCCAACCCACUGGCCCCAGAUGGCCAUGACGUGGAUGAUCCUCACCCCUUCUACCAGCCUAAACUCUCCAAUGAAGACUUUAGGAAGCUUCUUAUGACACCGAGACCCACACCCACAACUGCACCACCAUCCAAACGUCACCAUCAUGCGAUGCCAGGGGACUACAAUGGGGAUAGAGAUCCAGAAGCAGAAAGGAGGAAAAAGAAAAGCUACUAUGCCCAACUCCAUCAACAAGAAAUUGAGCGGGAAAGGGAGCUAGCAGAGACGUAUCGGGAACGUGCCAAAGAGAGGAGAGAUGGUGAGAACAAGGAUUUCAAGGAGACAGAGUUGAUCAGUACGACUGCUAAUUACAGGGCUGUGGGACCUACUGUCGAUGCUGAACAAUCAGCCGCAGCAGCAAGAAAGAGGCAACAGCUGAUCCAAGAGUCCAAGUUCCUGGGGGGUGACAUGGAACACACUCAUUUGGUGAAAGGCUUGGAUUUUGUCCUUCUCCAGAAGGUUCGAGCUGAGAUUGCCAGCCAAGAGAAGGAAAAAGAGGGGAGGAUGGAGACACCUCAGAGGGAAACGAAGAAAGAUGGAGAUGCUGAGAAUAAGAUUGAAUUUAAGACACGUUUGGGCCGUAGUAUUUACCGAGUGCUCUUCGAGAACCAAACUUAUGAAUGAAACGAACUGUUUCUGCCAGGCCGCAUGGCCUACGAGGUAGAACUGGGUGAUGAGUGUGCAGACACAGAUAUCCCCACUACACUUAUCCGGAGCAACGUCGACUGUCCUCUCAUGGAGGCCCAGAUCACACUGAGCCCAAAUGAUAUCUUCAUCAGCAAACUCACACAGAUCCUGUCCUACUUGCGGCAGGGCACCCGGAAUAAGAAACGGAAGAGGAAAGACAAAGGAAAGCUGGGUGGGAAGAAACCUCCGGAGUCUGACACGGACAUUUUUGAAGACAUUGGAGAUUAUGUACCAGCAACAACUAAGGUUCCCAGGGGGAACGAACUGGAGCGAGAUCGCGAGAGAAACAGAGGAGAGAGAGAAAGAGAUAAGGAUCGGGAGAAAGACGGAGAAAGGGAGCUGAAUCGGGAAAAGGACGAGGAGAAGAAGCGACGCAGCUAUUUUAUGAAGCCCAUAAUGGAUGACAAGCACAUCGACACUGACAAAGGUCCCGGAGCUGCUAAGGAGUUGAUAAAGUCCAUCAAUGAAAAGUUUGCUGGUUGUGCUGGUUGGGAAGGUGGCAAAUCCCUGAAGAAACCAAAAGAUGAGAAGCUGCAGGGAGAUUUCUGCAUGUCCAACAGUUAUGCGGAGUGUUAUCCAGCCACUAUGGAUGAUGUGGCUAUGGACAGUGAUGAGGAAGUGGAUUACACCAAAAUGGACCAGGGUAACAAGAAGGGACCGUUGGGUCGAUGGGACUUCGACGCCCAGGCAGAAUACAGCAAGUAUAUGAACAGCAAAGAGGCUUUGCCUAAAGCGGCAUUCCAAUAUGGUAUCAAGAUGUCAGAAGGUCGGAAAACCAGACGUUUCAAAGACAAUGAAAGGGCAGAGCUUGAUCGAGAGUGGAAAAAGAUCAGAGCCAUUAUUGAGAAGAGAAAGACAAUGGAGGCUGAUGGGAUUGACGUCAAAAGGCCAAAAUAUUAG